GGCUACCACUCACUUAACUGUCUGUACACACCACAGCUGAGAUCUGUAACUGGAAUUCCGGUAGUUUCGGGCUGCAUUGUCAAAAUUUUCGUUUAAGGUCCUCGUCAUGCUCAUCAACGCCGUUCCCAUCCGUUGCAAAUUUCUCUGUGGAAUGCGGCGCCUACUCGCCACGACGCACAGGGUCCAGAUCAUGGCCAAAGCUGGAUGGAGCAGCCAUAGCGGCGACGACUGGGAGCCGAUUCCGAGCUGCAAGUUUCGUGCGGUCAACAAGCCCGUGUGUCAUCCCGUUGCCGUAGUUAGAGCCAAGUACUUUAAGCGGCCGACGAAAUGCAAGACGGAUGAGGAGCUGGCCAUGGAGCCGCGCAGCUCGCUGGGUGUCUACAUGCGCUGCGAUCCGCCGUACAGACCCUCGGUCAAGUGUCUCCACUCGUGCGGGGAGCGCCUCGACAAAACCAUGUACAGGCCGAGUCGUAGCCUGCACCGCGACUACCAGCAGCACUGGGCCGAGUGCGUCUACAGGAAGCCGAGACGCAAAAUCCGUGUCCUGCCGGCGGAAGUAUCGAAGCGGACGCCAAAAAAGAAGUGCGACGAACUCCUCAAGAGGGUGUGCCACGUCCAUGUUCGCCUCGAAUGCAAAAAGCUGGCGGAUUACAUUAACCGAAAGUGCCCGCGGGCGAGGCUGUGUCACUGUCCGCCUCCGGCCGGCAACACCACCUGCCGGCGCGCCCGAAAGCUAUCCAAAUGCCGGCGACGUCUGACCCUCUACCCCAGCUUCUCCGAGUGCUUCCACAAGCGGAAUGAAGCCAAGCCCUGUGAGUGUCGCUGCCUGGCAUCCACACUCUGCGAGAUGAUGAACUACUCCAGGAAGCGACUUUAG